AUGUCCGAAGCCGGCAGUAACAGAAGACCUCUCUUGGCCGAACCGGACGACGCCGGUGGCGACGACCUCGCUAGCCAGUCGAUACGCACGGACUUCGACUGUGACAAUGAAAUAUGGUACCAGGAUGGGACAAUCAUUCUCAUUGCACAAGGCACAGGCUUCCGCGUAUAUCGCGGUAUGCUGGCCGAACGAGCAGAGAUCUUCCGCGACAUCCUUUCCAUCCCGCAACCACCAGACACCCAGCUCGCUUUCGGCUGCCCUGUUGUCCAUUUGUCUGACACGGCGAUUGCCUUGCGCGAAUUCUUGAACGCGCUUUUCCGCGAGGAGAGGUACAGUCCGACGAGCGACGUUGAUUUGGCAAAACUAUCGUAUCGGAUCCGCCUAUCCCACAAGUAUGGCGCAGAGAAGCUUUUGAAACGAUCCAUUCAAGAACUUCAGAAGCUCUAUCCCACUGACUAUUCGUCGGUGCAGCACAGACAAUUUUACAGCAGUGGGAUUCCUCGAGGCAUCGUCGCUGCCAACUUGGCAGACUUGACGAACACUUCCUCCGUCUUGCCCUCCGCGCUGUACAGCUGUUGCCAGCUUCCCGACGAAAUGCUCUUCGAGGGCACGGUACUGCCGGACGGAACAGUGGAGAGGCUGAGUAGAGACAAUCUGCUUCGGUGCUCCAGGGCCAAAGCCAAGCUGGCCUUCAGACAUGCGCAGUCCAUCCACGAGAUAUUCUCCCAUGAGGACUCCCAAGACUGCCUCGAUAAUUCCCUUUGCCGGGAUGAUACUCGAAUCGCACGCGACGCCGUCUUGGACGGACGCGGCGUUGAAGGCGGUGAAACCGAUGCCCUCGCGCCUUUGGGCGCGUUCUUCUCGGAAUACCGGUACGCUUUUUCUGAUGGUGCGUAUCGUUGUGGACACUGCAUGUCCGCACUCUACGCUAGAGAGGUAGCGGCGCAUAAUGCCGUGUGGAAGCACCUGCCAUCGUACAUGGGGGUGAAGGUUGAAGGUUGGGGAGACAAGGCAGAAGACUCCGACUUGGAUGUCUGA